AUGCAGCAGCAAGACAUCAGAGAGACAUAUAUAGGUGCAGCAGCAGCAGCAACAACAGCAGCAGCAGCAGCAGCAGCAGCAACUGCAGCAACACCGCCAACAAUACCACCACCACCACUACCACCAGCAGCAGCAGCAGCAGCAGCAGCAGCAGCAGCAGCAGCAGCAGCAGCUUACGCCAGUACAAAGCAGCAGCAACAAGCAGCAGCAGCAACACGUCAGCAGCAGCAGCAGCAGCAGCAGCAGCAGCAACAGCAGCAGCAGCAGCAGCAGCAGCAAGAGAAGAUGCUGCUGUAUAGUGAGAAAGCCCCACUUUCUUCCGGGUACUCUUCAAACGUUGCUGCAAACACACAGCAGCAGCAGCAGCAACAGCAGCAGCAGCAGCAGCAGCAGCAGCAGCAACGGCAGCAGCAGCAACAGCAGCAGCAGCAGCAGCAACCUCACCAGCAACAGCAGCAACAGCAGCAGCAACGGCAGCAGGACCAGCAAAAGCAGCAGCAACAACAGCAGCAACAGCAGCACCAGCAACAGCCUCAGCACCAGCAGCAGAAGCAACAGCAGCAACAUCAGCAACAACAACAGCAGCAACAUCAGCAACAACAACAACAACAACAGCAGCAGCAGCAGCAACAGCAGCAGCAGCAGCAGCAGGAGAGUCUAACGUAUGGGUCUUUGUGCUUUUUGCUGCAGUCUCCUCUUGAGGGCUCUAAACAAACUUUGCUGCAGCUCCUUCCCCCCCCUCUCCAAUACAUCCAGUGCUGCUCACAGCAGCAGCAGCAGCAGCAGCAGCAGCAGCAGCAGCAGCAGCAGCGGCAGCAGUAG